AUGGAGUUAGGGUCGAGUUUGUUGCUCGACGUGCCCUUCACACAGCCUGAACGUAGCGAAGAGCCUGCGCCAUUCUCGCUGGGAAGGAUGUCAAGAACAGAAGAGGCAAAUGUCACCGCGUCUCAGCCAUAUAUAGAGCAUGCGAGCGUUAUACCCUCAAAAACGCACUUGAAUCGCGCCAAGCCCUCCUCGACUUUAUUGUGGCCCGCGAUCGCAGUCUUCGUGGGAGUUACGUUGCUAUUAUUUUCACUCUGUGGCAGUGCCCGGAGCAUCCAUAGCGGUACGGCCGUGCGGAGACUUGCAACCCGUGGUAGCGGAGAAGAAUCGAGUGGCAGAAACCCCUUCUUUGGCGAGGAGGAGUGGAUUCCACUCGAUGCGGAUGAGCUCGCGGUGCUGUGUCUUGAAUUGGGGGGAUGGGCACCUACGACAGCCCCUCAGAGCGUUUCAAGCCCUUCAAUUCGGAUGCCACCAGUAGUUUCAACGUCAAGGGGGCAUGCGGGAACGUAUAUGUUGCAAGGUUUACAGACUCCCAGUGAUCUGUCUGGGGCGUCGACAAGCGAGCAAGGGCACCGAGCGGCCGGGCAGUAUAGAGGCCAGCGUAUUUCGCAUGGGGGUUCUGAUGGGUGGGGGCCGAGUCCUAGCAAGGUACGAAGACGUUCAUGUGAUAGCUCUGAACAGACAGGUGCCGUGACAGGUGCUGUCACUGGGAGCAGCGCUGAGCAGAGACUUGCACAGGCAGUUCAGCAAACUACUGGCACGCCCUCUGCGGAUGGCAAGCUGCUAGAGUCUGGAGCGGUGCCCACCCCAUUUGCUCACGAGAAAAAUCUAACGGCUUCGACCGGGGAUAUCCAAGGUGUACGGCAAACGCAGUUCUCUGUACGGUCAGGAUUGCAGCAGUCGCGAACUAUCCCUCCGGAGACCUCCACUGCUCCGCCUACAGGAAGCGCCACCCGUACUGUAGCCGCCUUGGCAGACUCCGAAGAGGCAUCAGCGUCGGAGAGCGUGUGGGUGCCUGGGGGUCAAAGCGGUUCAUUUGCCACUGCGGGGCCGGCCCCAAAUGGCUCUGGCGAAGCCUCAGCAGGAUUAGCAGCUCUUCGGUCGUUCCUAGGGCAAAGCGAUCCAAGAUCCCCGAGUACCAAGAAGCAUCCUUUUGUUCGAGUGCCCACUUUAUCGCCUCAUGUGAGAGUCUCGGAAAUAGAGGAGAGGCAUCCGCAACCUUGGUCUCCCGACGAGCCCAUUUACCACAUCCUCAGGGAUGUUAGAAACUUAUUUCUAAAGCCGGCGCUCAGCCUUAGAGAGGCGAAUCAGUUGGUGAGCGGUGCUAUUAGGUUAGCUAGGCGCGCCCUCUCAUCUAUGACUUCACCUGUCGAUUUUAGGGCCUCUGUGGCUGCAGAAGCUUUAGGACGUCGGUUCCUAGUUUUCAACGCAUUUCAUACAGUCCUGAAGCUUACGGGAGGCAGCAAACCGUAUUUGAGUGGAUUGUGGCGGGAUCUUGUUGCAAAAGUUCCAACGCUGUACACGCGUGCUCCCCGCGGUAUGUUCAACGACAAGCAUAGGUUUCAUCAUGAGCUUUCGUACCAGCUAAGCGCAGCACUGGAAUUAUAUAAGAGUGGGUCCUCCCCUUCAGAGGAAGAAAUGCUUGAUAUCAAGCGCAAGCUAUUUUGCAUGGAAUUCUCUCCUCAUUGCUUCCGUCGAGGGUGUUGGGAUCUAUGGAGACAUGACGACGCGAACUUUACAGAGUGGGCGUUGAGAUGGGGUGGCGUGGGCGCGUUUGAGUUUCGAAUUCUGGGGGACCUUGGAAGUGGCGAGGGGGAACAGCACCUCACGGAGCAAACCCAGAAGAAACAGAAGCAGACUGCUCCCUAG